CCUUCACUCCUAAUACCUCUUGCCUACAAACUCACUGCUUAGGCGAUUGAAAAAUCACCUGUAGCCAGGCACAAAGAAGAACAAGAAAAACCAACCAAAUCAAAUCAAAUCAAUUCUGAGGAAAACAAAAGCAUACUGAGGAAAAUCUACGCCCACACUGACGUUUGGCUUAAAAGCCCAAUCGCCGGAAAUUCGAUUUUUCAAUUGAAAGGAAUUUGACAUAAGGUUUCCCAAAGAAAAUUACCUAUUUUUGCAUUAUUCUCACGAAGUCAUGAGAAUUGUGCAGUUAACAAUUGAUUAGAAACCAACGAUUUAUUUAGAAAUUCUUAAAAUGGACCUUUCCCUUGCCACCAACUUUAUUAUAUCCGUUGGAGCAUAUAUAACGUCCGUACGAAUCAUACCGACUUUUCGAGAAAAACUUAUAAAAUCCAAUCUUAUUGGACAUGAUUUAUGCAAGAAAGAUAAGACUAAAGUGCCGGAGUCCCUUGGAGUCGUCACAGCGUGCGUGUUCUUGGUUGCAAUGUUCUUUUUUAUACCUGUGCCAUUUAGUUUUUUCCUAAAUGGAAAAGACGAUUUUUCCCAGGAAGAAUUUGUUGAGUUGAUAGUAGCUCUGCUAUCAAUUUGCUGUAUGAUUUUGCUGGGAUUCGCAGACGAUGUUCUUGAUCUCCGAUGGAGACAUAAAGUGCUGUUGCCAACUAUAGCAACUCUACCUCUGCUGAUGGUGUACUAUGUAAAUUAUAAUUCAACAACUAUUCUUGUUCCUAAGUUUGCGAGAUCAUUUUUGGGUCUCACGGUUGAUAUAGGAGUACUCUACUAUGUGUACAUGGGUAUGCUUGCAGUGUUUUGCACCAAUGCAAUCAAUAUUUUAGCCGGUAUAAAUGGAUUGGAAGUGGGACAGGCUAUAAUUAUUGCAGCUUCUAUUAUUGUAUUCAAUUUUACAGAGUUAAUUCUGGGUAAUCAAGUAAAAGCUCACAGAUUUUCACUUUAUUUGAUCUCACCGUUUCUAGCUACAUCAUUGGCCCUAUGGAAAUAUAAUAAAUAUCCAGCGAAGAUUUUUGUUGGUGACACCUUUUGCUACUUUGCCGGAAUGACAUUUGCAGUUGUUGGUAUAUUAGGACACUUUAGUAAAACGUUGCUAUUGUUUUUUAUACCACAAAUAAUCAACUUUUUGUAUUCGGUACCACAGCUUUUCCAUUUUAUUCCAUGCCCACGGCACCGACUCCCUCAAUAUGAUUCUAAGACUGAUCUUUUACAUACAAGUACAACAACAUUCCAGAAAGACAAAAUUGGACGAUUUGGUUUUUUAUUUGUUACAUUAUUUCGGAAACUUAAAUUUAUUUCGUGGACGGAGAAGCCUGAUGGAACUGUUAUUACGAAUAAUUUUACACUCAUUAAUUUAGUUUUAGUUAUUUUUGGCCCAGUUCACGAGUCAAUUGUAACACAUAUGCUUUUGGGCAUUCAAGUAGCGAGUACUUUAAUUGCAUUUAUUAUUCGCUACCCUCUCGCAAGUUAUUUCUAUAAUAAAUGAAUAUAUGUCUUCAGUUUGUGAAGCUAUUAUUGUUUGCCAAAGUUAAGUUAAAUUAAAGUAAGUUAGAGUUUCAAUUUGUACUGAGUUGGGUUAAAUUAUAAGAAUUGAACUAAAACAACGACGAUGUUUGCAAUACUUGUUUGCAUAAACAACUAUUGUUCUUAUAUUUUAUUUUUAAAUUAAAGAAUUGAUUGAUUGAAAGUCUAA